GAUAUUCCAAAAUGGCAACAAAAUCGCACUUAUCUAAAGUAGUACAAAACCUGAUUAUAACCUGAGUAUAUGUCAGGUGACGUGUCGUGUUGGUCUCGACCAAAAUUAGAUUGUCGUACCUGUAUUUAAGUUAAUAUCAAACCCAGUAACCAUGGGUGGAAAUUCCAGUGUGCCAAUCACCAACAUACAAGUCAAGGUUAAGUUAAUGAUCAAUGGACGACAAGAAGAGAUUCGAUGUUUCCAAGUACGUGACUUAAAGGAAAUGGAAGAAAACUACUAUGACAUUUAUAUUGGGAAAUUGUAUCAAAUUUUCCCGCAACUUCCAACACCGUAUAGCGAGAUUAAACUCACUUGGACUGACAAAGACAAUGAUGUGAUACGGAUUUCAAAUAAUGCAGAUUUACUCAUAGCAGUUCAACGCAUGCCGGAGAUAAAAGUUUUUCAGGUACACAUGAAAAAAGUAGAAAAGAAAGCCAUCGAAUUCAAGGCAAUUGAUGAAAACCGAAAAUAUAUCCGCGGUGAGGACGGUACACUACUCGACAUAACAAAUGGAACGCCAUUGAAAGACGAUAGCCAAAAAUUACUACUCUUCAUGGCGUUAGGCUUGUUUUUAGGAAUAGUGGCGUAUUUUAUUUUAAAACAAAAUGAUCAUACACACUUACAAAACUAUGAACAACACAAUAGUGGAUAUAGUAAUUAACUUGUAUACCUAUAUUCAUAUAUUUUAACUGGAGACUUUCGUGAAAAAUGAAUAAAUAUACCUUUCUAAAUUUAAGUAAACAAAAAACGUUAUUGGCAGAAGAUAAA